AUGACCAACCUCACUGUCUCUGUCAUCCUCGGCUCGGUCCGCCCGGGCCGUAUGGGCGUCCGCGCCGGUGCCUAUGUCCAGACCCAGCUCGAAGCCCUUGGUGUCAAGGUCCAUCUCAUUGACCCCGUUGCGCUGGACGUGCCGCUCUUUGGUACGCGCUUCGACUACAUCCCGGAGGCCGACCGGUCGCCGGCGCUUCUCGAGCUCCACGCUAAGUUUACCGAGAGCGAUGCGGUCCUGAUCGUGACGCCCGAGUACAACCACACGUUCUCGCCCGUCAUCUCGUCGCUCCUCAACUACUUUUACCACAACGAGUUUUACUACAAGGUCGCCGGUAUCACAUCCUACACGAUGGGCCCGUACGGCGGCGUCCGCGCCGCCAUCCAACUGCGCCCGUACCUCGGCGAGCUCGGCUUGGUUUCGAUCCCCAAGAUUCUCCCGCUCCCGACCAUCCACGCGCUUCUCGGCGAAGACGGCUCGGUGCAGCACGACGCGGUCGGUGCCGACGCCCUGGAGGCAAUCAGCAGUGGCUACUUUAAGGAGCUUCUCUGGUACGCGGGCGUGCACAAGACGGCCCGCGCCGCCGGCACGCCGUAA